UAGCGCCAUCUGGGGGGCUGAUGUACAAUCCGAGCAAUUGGCAUCACCCUGGUCUUCGCAUCGGGCGCUGAACGACUCUCUGGCCGCUUACAACGCGACACUUACCGAUUGACCUUGUUCGAGUGGACACCGCUGACCACGCACGCGCCGCGUUACGCAUUCGAGCAUCAUUGUCGCACGUGGUUUUUUAUACUACUUUUUUCGCAUCAUCGUAGUGCCAAGUGAAGUGCUUGUCUGAGGAAAGGGCUGACCAGUAUCAGGAAUGGCGCCAAUCAAACGAUCGAAUGAUUCGGUUUUCUGGUUCAUGAACGAUCUUACAUCAAGAAUAGUAGCCGAAUCCGGAAUUCCAAGCGACCGGCAUCAUCUUGGGAAAAUGAUACUGCAGGGGCUUAAAGAUUUUCCUGAUAUGGUUAUGCAGAUUGAUGGAGCGACUGGUGAGACAGAGACAAACAGAUCGGCACUGGAGAGAUCCGUGAGAUGUGCCGAAAGCCUACGAAGACACGGCUUGCAAGCUGGUGACGUCAUCGUGUUGAUGGCACCCAAUCAUUUAGAUAUAGCUAUACCGUUCUACGCUGCUCUAUAUCUUGGAGUCAUGAUAGCUGCUGUUGAUAGAAACUUGAGUAUCGGUGAGCUCGAAGGGACUUUAGGAGUCUGUACACCAAAACUUAUUUUCUGUCAAAGUGAGAAAGCGCCUGACAUUCAACUGGCUCUAAACAAUAUUGAACUGAAUUCACAAAUAAUUACUUUCGACAAAGGCGAUUACUUGCUAUCCUUCAAUGAGUUUCUGGCGAUCUGCGAAGAAACCAUAUCAAUUGAAAAUUUUAGAGCUACAGAAUUCAAUCCUGAAACUACAAGUGCCUUAUUAAUAGCUACCAGUGGCACGACAGGGUUGCCAAAGGCCGCGGAAACAACCCAUAAGAACUUCGCUAUCACUUUACCCUAUAUCUGGGCAAGCUAUAUGAAUUUUCCUAAUCCAACAAGAAUGGCGUUCAUCUGUUCUCCUCUUCAAUGGUUGACAGCGUUGAUUCAUUGUAUUGCGUCACCAAUACUAAGCUAUACACGUCUCCAAACAUCUUUACCUCUCACAGCGGAGCACGCCUGCAAUCUCAUAGAUACAUACAAGCCAACCUACACCGUACUAAGUCCAACUUUCUUGACUGCGCUUCUUGGUCACAAAGACCUGUGUGACUUUGCGAGUUUCGAGUUGAUUAUGCUUGGAGGCAGCGCGGUUCCAGUUGAACUUAUAACUAAAUUAAAGAGCGUUAGCCCAAAUACAGAUGUGUACAACGUUUUUGGAAUGAGUGAGCUAACGGGAAUCUGCUUCACUCCGGAUUUUUCUCCACCAGGAUCGUGCGGGAGGCCAAUGGGAUGUUUACAAUACAAGUUACUUGACAUUGAAACACAGGAUGAAAUAGAGGAACCGAAUGUACGAGGUGAACUUUGUCUAAAAGGGCCGGGCAUUUUUAAGGGAUAUUACAAAAACAUUACAGCGACGGCGGAGGCUUUUACGGAAGAUGGAUGGUUUAAAACAGGAGACAUGUUUUAUAGAGAUGAGAAUUGGAAUUUUUUCUUUUGCGAAAGGUUAAAACUAUUGCUGAAAUAUAAAAGCUAUCAGAUUUCACCUGUCGAACUGGAGAAUGUGAUUAGAAAGCACCCGGCCGUAUUAGAUGUGGCGGUGACGGGCCUACCAGAUCCUGAAUGUGGUGAGCUGCCUGUUGCAUGUGUGGUUCGACGCCCAGGCUAUGACGUCAAUGAUAAUGAAAUCAUUAACUUGGUUCAAGAGAAUUUAUCCGAAUCCAAGCAGUUGAGAGGUGGAGUACUAUUUAUGAACGAAAUACCAAUGACAGCGUCUACAAAAGUUCACAGAAGAAAAUUAAAAGAAAUUGUGUUAAAAUCAUGCGGCAGUCAGGGUUGCUAACUUUCCUUGAACAACAAGUAGAGUACCUACCUCAGACAAUUAAUAUGUCUAGAUGGAGUCUCUUACUGUUAGAUAACCGAUAAAAACAGGCCAGGAAUAUUAUUAAUAAUAUAUAAUUUUGUGUGCGUGACAAGCUACGUCUUACACUCGCGAUUUGUAUGACACUUUAUGAUAGUGUGCGUGAGUAGAGGUUAGUUCUAAAUCCAAUUUUAUUCCAAGUUUUCACAGCUGCCUUAGUCUAUCUAGACGUAUAAAUGAUCUAACGGCCGUUGUCAAUAAAUGUUGUCUAUCCUUCGUUUAACUAACUAGAGGUACACAAAUCCAUCCUUUUACGCGUACUACAUUUCAAUAACCUAUCGACAUAACUAUAUAACAUGACAUAACUAUGUAUAGAUAAGAUCUUGUCAUUAAACGGUGAUAGCAUAUAUACACAGCAAGAAAUACGUUAUUGAAAACGGUCGUAAGUAGAGUACCUAUGUCUGACAACCUCGCGAAACUCGCUAAGAAAAAAGCGAUUCACUCGACUGUAUGAAACGUGUAGUCAUUGAUACUUUGACAGGUGACAGCUAUAAUCCUGUAAAAAACGGAGAUAGCCGAAAUUCACUACGUUUUAAGCAACUGUUCGCUUUCAAACUUAGACGGAUUAUACUUCGUCGCCAAUCGCGUUACUGUAAUUACUGCUAUUUUAAACUUAUGUCAAAUGACUGCAUGUUUAAUACUAAAGUAAAUUUUAAUUUUUACUUAGGCAGUCCCGCCUCUUUUUACAUACCCCCUUAUUCAUAAUAGUCUGCUAACUUAAAGCAUUGCUAAUAAUUCUCACUCUGUCUUCUUCUAUUGACCUAAGUCAGAAUGAGAAAAAAACACUCCGUGGUUAGUAUUUACAUCUUCUUUGAUGUCUGUUUUCAAAGAUUGCAAAUAAACAGCAGGGCAUAGUAAAUCUGUGAUAAUAGUACAUUACAUACAUAUUUUUAAAACUAAUCAAAA